AUUUCGCCGAAUUUUUCCUUACAAUUUAUGUAAGCAUUAUAAAUAAACAACAUAUGAAUAAAGGUGUACUAUGUAGCAGGGAAAGACUCGAUAGACAAACAUAACCAGUUUUCCGCUUUUUAAAAUCUCCCUAUAUCAGAUAUCAUAGCUUAGUUAAACUUGUUUUGACCACAUUUUACAUAACGCCAAAACAAUCUCGAAAUUGAAUAGAACUAAAAUAAAACCUGCCAAAAAGUUUCCGAAUAGUUGCGAUUGAAAUGCCAAGAUAGCUGCUUAGUGUCGAUAUUGUUACUUUGAAUAAUUAAUAAUGUUAAUUGUCCUGUGCGUAAAAGAGCACUGAUUCGCCGAUGUUAAUAUAUUCAUUAAAAUGUUCGAACACGACCAGACUUUUCACUCGACCCCGGGCCGGCGCGGCCAGGACCAAGCAGGCCGCAGUCGGGCUCCGCGUCUCAGACGGUUUGCUUACUUCUACUGCGCACAUUGUCCCAUAAAAUAAAUAACCUAGUGCGUAAUCUUUAUUUUGAUAAAGUUUUCGCGUUAUCAAAUGAUGCUUAUAAUUUGUGUUGAUUAUGAAUGACUACGUCAUAGGUCAGCCCACGGUCUUCUUAUCAUUUGCUCUUUAUAUAUGUUUGCGCUGAAGACACAGUGAAGUCAGUUAACUCGCAGCGAGCAACGCUUAUACUUAUUUAAAUUGUGAAAGUAUAUAUUAAAAUAAAUUAAACAAUAUUCGAACUUUUAUUUCUUAUUCGAUAUCGAACAAUUCGAGUGUGAUAUAUUUUGUGAUUAUUUUUAAAAGUGAUAAUAUAACAGUGUUUUAAAAAUGCCUGUUCGCCGCAGCAAGGUAUUGCUAGUGAAAUGGAUAUUCGAGAACCAGCACAAGCUGCAGACGGUGCGAUGGUGCAGCUCGUCGCUGCGGUACAAGGAGCUAGAGGAGAGUGCGCAGGCGCUCGAGCACGUGGCACCUCACGCGCCCCCCGCGGCCGCGUCGCCCGACGUCAAGCCACGCCCCUACCGAGCCCCAGAAACUUCCUUCAAGCACGAUGACUUACAAGUGACUCUCGCGGCGCCGUACCAAUUGCAGCGCAAACCGGACGCACCAGAUCUGGGCUUUGGCAAAUAUUUCACAGACCACAUGCUAAAAAUACAGUACCAAAAGCAAUUAGGCGGAUGGCAGAAACCAGAAAUUACCCCGUUUGAGCCGCUGAGCAUCCACCCAGCAGCGAAAGCCUUGCACUAUGCGAUACAGCUAUUCGAAGGUUUGAAAGCAUACAGAGGUGUCGAUGAUAAAAUCCGAUUGUUCAGGCCAGAUUUAAAUAUGCUACGGAUGAACCUCGCGGCGGAGAGGUCCGGUCUGCCGAUGUUCGACGGAGAAGAGCUAAUAAAAUGUAUGAAACGGUUAAUUCAAAUUGACCAGGAAUGGGUUCCCCAUUCUGAAACAUCUACUUUGUACAUAAGGCCUACAUUAAUAGGAACUGAGGCAACCUUCGGUAUAAUGGCGCCAGAGUCGGCGCUGUUGUUCGUCAUCAUGAGCCCGGUGAGCGCGUACUACAAGGCGAGCGACGACGGCGCGGUGUCCAUCUACGCAGACCCUAGCGUGGUGCGCGCCUUCCCCGGCGGCGUCGGCAAUAGAAAAGUCGGAUCAAACUAUGGACCUACGAUCGACGCGACCGCCCGAGCGGCGCAAAUGGGCCACCACCAAGUAUUAUGGCUGUUCGGGCCAAACCACGAGCUGACUGAAGUUGGAGCUAUGAAUAUAUUCAUGGUCUACAUCAAUGAACACGGAGAGAAACAAUUAAGUACGCCUCCUCUUAAUGGCCUCAUCUUACCUGGAGUGACGCGACAGUCGAUAUUAGAGCUGGCCAGCGAGUGGGACGACCUCACGGUGAAGGAGGAGGUUAUCACCAUGGACCGAGUUAUCGAGCUCAACAAUUCAGGACGGUUGCUCGAAAUGUUCGGCUCGGGCACAGCGGUGGUGAUCAGCCCGAUCAGCCGCAUGGGCUUCAUCGACCAGGAGAUAUACAUCCCCACCAUGAAGCAGACGCGGCCCGUCUUCCAGAGGAUCAAAGACACGUUGCUCGCCAUCCAGUACGGCCACAUAGAGCACCCGUACUCCCACGUCAUCUCAUAGUGCUACAUCGCACCGCCCACAGAGGGUUAACUUUAACACAUUGAGUGCUGUACAGUGAUUAUUAUAAAGUGAUAUUGGGCCCUCGAAAUCGCGACGAACAUUCCGCUGUUCAAUAACGCUUCGGAAAACGGGCCCGUAAUUUGUAAGAUUUUUUAUUACGUGAAUGAUAACUUUGACGUCGUUAAGGUUAUCUGUAUUCGUUAAACAUAGUUAUUUAAUAACGGUUAGAACAGGAAGGUAGACGAGGAGCAUUUAUAAUACUGCCAUCGUACGAUAUCGAACUUCGUUUGUAGAUAAUAAGUGCUAAUUAGUUUUAUCUUUCGAUUAUCGAAAUGCGGUUGAUUUAUAAAUAUUUAUAUCAUAAAACAAAUGGUCGAAGUAAAGGUAUGAGAAUGUCGCGGACCUUGUUGGACUCGGUAGCCGUGUAUUGGAAUAGAAUAAAUAGCUGUCGCCGUCGAGAAUAAUAUCUUUAUAUAGAAAUUCAGUCCAAGGUGUUCGUCUGUUAUAGUAUAAAGUUUCUUGUAAGAUAUUCCUGCUGGCCGCAGUGUACAAACAUUAUCAUAUCAAUGCGAUAUCGCUACAAUAACACGCAACAGAGCUGUAAUAAACAAGUUACUUUCCUAGAAUUCUCAUUAAUUAACAUUUGUAAAUUAAAUACACUUUAUCUGUCAUUAGAACAAAAAUGUUUUGUUAUUCCGUGUCCGCUCUCCGCGCUCUGUUGUACGAACAAAUGUUUGUUCAGUGUGAUAGUAAGAUAAAUUGUUACGCAAUAGGUUCGCUGCCGAUGAUACAAAAACUUGACAAUUUUUAUCAUGCUUAGAAGACCUUUAUUGUGUUUACACAUUGAUAAGUAAACGCAAGCUCGCGACGACAAAUUGUCACGUUUUAGUGAUCUGAGAAAUGACCUUAAACUUCUAUUGUAUGUUAUUAAUUUCUUUCUAGUCUAAGAAUCUGUAUGAGUUGUUAAUUAUUUAUGAAAUAUAUGACUUAACAACACUA